AUGAUUGGAUAUCUACUCUAUUUGACUGCCAGUCGUCCAGACAUAAUAUUUAGUGUAUGCAGAUGUGCCAGGUUCCAAGCAGCUCCAAAGGAGUCACAUUUAACUGUCGUGAAGCGAAUUAUUAGAUACCUUAUUGGAACUAUUUCACAUAGAUUAUGGUAUCCGCGCCUUAACAAUUUUAAUCUUGAAGGUUUUUCUGAUGCAGAUCUUGCCGAUGAUAAAGAUGACAGAAAAAGCACAAGUGGAACUUGUCAACUCCUUAGCAAAUCACUUAUUUCCUGGAACAGUAAGAAACAGGGAUCAAUUGCACUUUCUACAACUGAAACUGAAUAUAUUGCCAUUGGGCAAUGCUGUGCUCAACUACUUUGGAUGAAUCAUCAAUUAAGUGAUUAUGAUCUUUCGUUUAAGCCUGUUAAAAUUUUCUGUGAUAAUUUUAGUGCUAUAUGUCUUUCAAUAAUCCUAUGCAUCAUUUUAGAGCAAAGCAUAUAG